UAUUUUAUUUUAUUUAUUAGUUCACUAACACCUAUGGUACAGUUAUCAUAAGCAUUUACAUUAUUAUUCUUAAUUUAAUUUAAAAUGCUACUGCAUUUCCAUUUGUAAUUACAAUUUCUCUAUGAUAGUUGAGGUGUUACAACCAGUACACCAGUCACCAUGGCUUCAGGUGCGACGAGCAUUCAAAUAGAGCAAAUACUCAACAUUCAGGGAGCCUUCAGAGCCCUGGCUCUCCUCAACAUGGUGGGUUACUUAUUUCCUGAAGACGCUAAAGUUUCUGAUGGUGAUACAUACGAUUACAUCGUGGUGGGUGGCGGCACCGCUGGAUGUGUGGUAGCUGGGAGGCUGGUCGAAGCAAACUUUAAGACAUUGCUCAUAGAAGCAGGAAAUAAUCCAGGAGAAGAAAAUUAUGCACCUGGUUUACAAACCUACAUAAAGAACUCACGCAUGGACUGGAACUUUACUAGACCACGCGAUGGUUUCACAGACCAAUGUCACAAAGGCAGUGGAUCAUUUUUUGGUAAGGUGCUGGGAGGUACAGGGAAUACCGACUUCAUGCUGUACGGACGAGGAAACCCCCAGGAUUACAGAAAGUUUAACGAAGACUCAUGGAAUUGGAAAAAUAUGCUUAAAUAUUUCAGAAAAAGCGAAAAUCUAGUUGACGAUGAAAUUCUUAAUUCACGAUACAGAAGAUAUCAUGGCACUGAAGGAAGAAUUGGACUAAUCAAAGAAAAUCGUUCAGAGACCCAAGAGUAUCUACAAGCCUAUGAAGAAGCUGGAAAAAAAGUGGUUGCAGAUGUUACUGGAGCUGGAAUAAUAGGAUAUUCUGGUGCUUUGUAUCACAUAGCAAAAGGGUCUCGUACGGAAACUGCAACUGCUUACUUAUCUCCUCUAAAAGAUAAUCCUAAUUUGCAUAUAACUCGAAAUAGUACGGCAGUAAAAAUAAUCUUCGAUGAGAAUAAAAGAGCCGUUGGAGUAGUAUUUGUAAAGGAAGGUAAAGCAAUCACUGUAAGAGCAACCAAGGAAGUUAUCGUAACAACCGGAGCUGUCAAAACUCCACAACUUCUUAUGUUGUCAGGAAUUGGUCCAAAGGAGAGGUUAGAGAAAUUGAAUAUCAGUGUGAUAUCAAAUAUCCCUGUUGGAAAGAAAUUGCAAGAUGCCGUCGGUGUACUAUUGGGUUUCAAAACAAACAAGACAACAAAAAUUAUGCCGUUCAAUGACAGAGAAUAUCCAGCGCAAGUAAUAAUGGGCUACUCAUCUUUAAACAAUUGCAGCUGUGACCCAGAUUAUCAAACCAUAAACUACAUAAUAGAUAACACUGCAUAUCUUCUACAAUUAUGCGGGUUCAGUCUAGGAUUUCAAAAUUCAAUUUGUGACAGAAUUUACUCAAAGGACACGCAAAUUUUCCUCUCCUUCAUUUUACAUUUGAACGUUAGAUCUUAUGGAGAAGUCGCGUUAAGGAAUACUGACCCAUUCGCAAUGCCAAACAUAUUUCCUAAUUAUUACACGUAUGAUGGUGAUUUGAACGAUAUAGUAGACUAUAUCAUGGACUACUAUAAAGUUAUAGAGACUCCUAAAUUCCAAAGCAUGGGUUUAGAAUUUGUGGAAGCUACUGGGAAAUGUGGUCAAUUUCAGUUUGGGUCUCGUCCAUUCUGGAGAUGUUACGCUUUAUGCAUGAUUGUGACCCCAGGGAGGUAUGUCGGUACAUGUUCCAUGGGGUCUGUGGUGGACAGCCGACUGAAGGUUAUGGGGGUCAGUGGACUUCGUGUGGUAGACGCUAGUGUUAUACCCGGCACCAUUGGUAGUGCUCUUUUUGGCCCAACGGUGGCACUGGCUGAAAAAGGAGUAGAAAUGAUUAUAGAGGAUGCUUCUUAAAAAACCAAGCAAUAUCGAAUAUAGAUGAAAAUAAUUUUGAUACUGAAUUUAGAAAUACAUUUUUUGUUUGAUUUGA